AUGGACUCACAGGCUGCUCCAUCCAGUAUUAUGAUUGGUUCCCGCGUUUGGGUGGAGGAUCCAGAUGAUGCUUGGUUAGAUGGGGAAGUGAUAGAAAUUAAUGGGGAAGAGAUUAAAGUAAAGUGUACAGCUAAGACGGUUGUGGCCAAGACAUCUAGUUCCUAUCCAAAGGAUCCUGAAUUUCCUGAAUGUGGUGUUGAUGAUAUGACAAAGCUAGCAUAUUUGCAUGAGCCAGGGGUUUUGCAGAACUUAAAAUGUCGAUAUGAUGCUAAUGAAAUAUAUACCUAUACAGGAGGUAUAUUGAUUGCCGUAAAUCCUUUUAAAAGACUGCCACAUUUAUACGACAUUCAGGUGAUGCAAAAGUACAAAGGGGCAGCCUUGGGUGAGCUAAGCCCACAUCCAUUUGCGGUUGCAGAUUCUGCCUAUAGACAGAUGAUUAAUGAGGGAAUUAGCCAAGCAAUUUUGGUAAGUGGUGAAAGUGGAGCUGGUAAAACAGAGAGUACAAAGAUGCUUAUGCGCUAUCUAGCCUAUAUGGGAGGGAGAGUUAGCAAUGCAGAGGAACGGUCUGUGGAGCAGAAGGUCUUGGAGUCUAAUCCUGUUCUAGAAGCAUUUGGCAAUGCGAAGACUGUCAGAAACAAUAAUUCAAGUCGCUUUGGCAAGUUCGUGGAAAUUCAAUUUGAUCAAAGGGGUAGAAUUUCUGGAGCUGCAAUAAGAACUUAUUUGCUAGAACGAUCUCGUGUUUGCCAAGUGUCUGAUCCAGAGAGAAAUUAUCAUUGCUUUUAUAUGCUUUGCUCUGCACGAAAGGAGGAUGUUGAGAAGUACAAAUUGGGAAAUCCUAGAACUUUUCAUUACUUAAACCAGUCAAAUUGUAUUGAGUUGGAUGCUCUAAAUGAUUCUGAAGAGUACAUUGCAACUAGGAGAGCUAUGGAUGUUGUUGGGAUUAGUGAGGAAGAACAGGAUGCAAUAUUUCGAGUUGUGGCUGCAAUUUUACAUUUAGGAAAUGUAGAGUUUUCUAAGGGACAAGAAACAGAUGCUUCUGAACCUAAGAAUGAUAAAUCUCGAUUCCAUCUAAAAACUGCUGCAGAACUUUUCAUGUGUGAUGAGAAGUCUCUUGAAGAAUCCUUAUGUAAACGUGUCUUUGUGACUCGUGAUGAAACCAUUACUAAAGCACUAGAUCCAAAUGCUGCAGCCCUCAGUAGAGAUGCUCUUGCCAAAAUUGUCUAUUCAAAAUUAUUUGACUGGCUUGUGGAGAAGAUAAAUGUUGCUAUUGGUCAGGAUAAAGAAUCAAAAUUCUUGAUUGGUGUUCUUGAUAUUUAUGGAUUUGAGAGUUUCAAGACAAACAGUUUUGAGCAAUUCUGCAUCAAUUUGACAAAUGAAAAGCUACAACAACAUUUUAAUCAGCAUGUCUUUAAGAUGGAACAGGAGGAAUAUGAAAGAGAAGCAAUUGAUUGGAGUUAUAUAGAAUUUGUUGAUAAUCAAGAUAUUCUUGAUCUCAUUGAGAAGAAACCUGGUGGCAUCAUAGCUCUUCUUGAUGAGGCUUGCAUGUUCCCCAGAUCAACACAUGAGACAUUUGCUCAAAAGCUUUAUCAGACUUUUAAAGACCAUAAACGCUUCAGUAAGCCUAAGUUGUCGCGCACUGACUUCACCAUUUAUCAUUAUGCUGGCGAUGUGACUUACCAAACCGAGCUUUUCCUGGAUAAGAACAAAGAUUAUGUUGUUCCAGAGCAUCAAGCCUUACUGGCUGCUUCAAAGUGCUCUUUUGUUUCAAGCUUGUUUCCUCCUUUACCUGAGGAAUCUUCCAAAUCAUCAAAGUUUUCUUCUAUAGGUUCUGGCUUCAAGCUACAACUCCAAUCUUUGCUGGAGACUUUGAGUUCCACUGAGCCACACUACGUUCGUUGUGUAAAGCCAAAUAAUGCUCUUAAGCCAGCAAUAUUUGAAAACAAUAAUGUACUACAACAACUUCGAUGUGGGGGAGUGAUGGAGGCAAUUAGAAUUAGUUGUGCCGGAUUUCCCUCCCGAAAGCUGUUUCAUGAAUUUAUAGAUCGGUUUGUCAUAUUGGCUCCAGAGGUUCGAAAUAAGAGUGGCAAGAAAGAUGAUAUCGCUGCUUGCAAAAAGAUUCUGGAGAAGAGUAACCUCACUGGUUAUCAGAUUGGUAAAACAAAAGUUUUUCUUAGGGCUGGUCAGAUGGCAGAACUGGAUGGUCAGCGAGGUGAGAUUUUGGGAAGUUCAGCUACAAAAAUACAGAGAAGAGCCUGUACAUAUAUGUGUCGCAAAAAGUUUGUCUUGCUAAAAUCAUCUGCCACACAAAUUCAAGCCUUUUGUAGAGGACAAAUGACACGCCAUCUGUAUGAGGGAAUGAGAAGGGAAGCUGCUAGUUUGAAAAUUCAAAAAUAUGCACGCAGGUUUCUAAAAAGGAAAGCAUACAAUAAUUUGCGCUUCUCAGCUAUUUCCAUUCAGGCAAGUUUACGUGCCCUUAGUGCUCGUAAUGAGCUUCGGUCCAGGAAGCGGACUGUAGCUGCAACUGUAAUUCAGACUCAUUGUCGACGAAAAUUGGCCAACCUUCGUUAUCGUCGGUUAAAGGAAGCAGCACUUAUCAUACAAUGUGCCGUGAGAGGAAGCAAUGCAUUUGGAGAAUUAGUGAAGCUAAGAAUGGCUGCCAAGGAAACUGGUGCACUCCAAGACGCCAAGGAUAAGCUGGAAAAGCAAGUUAAAGAACUUACAAGCAGCUUGCAGUUGGAGAAAAAAUUGAGGGCUGAGCUUGAGGAAUCCAAAAACCAAGAAAUUGCAAGGUUACAAUCUGCUUUGGAGAUGACGCAACUUGAGUUGAAGGAAACAAAAGAAAUGCAAAACAAGGAAGGUCAAACUGCAAAAAACAUUGCUGUGACUCAGGAGGUUCCUGUUACUAAUGAUGUAUUGGUGAAAAAACCUGCUGCUGAAAAUGAAGGGCUGAAGGAAACAAAAGAAUUGCCACUUAAGGAAAGUGCAGCUGCAAGCAGCACUUCUGAACAAGUUCCUACGACUCAGGGGAUCCCUGUUACUAGUGACGAAUUGACAAAGAAACUUACAGCAGAAAAUGAACGGCUGAAGGCUCUGGUAAGUUCAUUAGAACAGAAAAUUGAGGAAACUGAGAAGAAAUAUGAAGAAACAAGCAAGCAUGCUAUGGAGGCAGAGUCAAAGAUAAUUGAGCUAAAAACAGCAAUGCAGAGGCUUGAAGAGAAGAUUUUGGACAUAGAAACUGAAGACCAGAUUUUACGACAGCAAGCAUUGUUGAGUGCAUCUAAUUCAAAAACGUCAGAGACAGCUGCAACAUCCGCACCUCUGGAAAAUGAUCAACAGGCACAAAUGAGUCCUGGUUCAUCAAAAAAAAGUUUGGGUAGAGAAGAUAGUAAAACAAGUUCACAAAAUGGAAGGCAACAAGAAAAUGUAGAUACUCUACUCAAAUGUGUGUCACAGAAUCUUGGAUUCAGUCAAGAAAAGCCUGUAGCAGCAUUUACAAUAUACAAAUGCCUUCUCCACUGGAAAUCAUUUGAAGCAGAAAAGACAAGUGUAUUUGACCGUCUUAUUGAAAUGAUUGGAUCUGCACUAGAGGACCAGGACAACAAUGACCACAUGGCUUAUUGGCUGUCCAACACUUGUGCAUUGCUGUUUUUGCUUCAACGUAGUUUGAAAUCCUCUGGUUCAAGUGCUGAUAAACCUGCUGCAACAUCAAUAUUUUCAAGAAUGACCCAGAGUUUUCGUUCAUCUUCUGCCAAUUUACCGGUUGGUGUAGUGCAACUAGUUGAGGCCAAAUAUCCAGCCCUGCUUUUUAAGCAGCAACUCACAGCAUAUGUAGAAAAGAUCUUUGGAAUCAUUAGGGACAAAUUGAAAAAGGAAUUGUCACGACAUGUUUCUUCUUGUAUUCAGGUUCCUAAGACUUCUGAAGAAUCAAAAGAUGAUACUUCUCCAGCUAGUCACUGGCAGAGCAUUAUUGAGUGCCUAAACCAGUUUCUAAGCACAUUAAAAGAUAAUUUUGUGCCUCCAAUACUUGUUCAGAAGAUUUUCACUCAAAAUUUUGCAUAUAUGAAUGUACAGAUUUUUAAUAGCCUUCUUCAGCAUAAAGAGUGUUCAACAUUUAGCAAUGGUGAGUAUGUGAAGUCUGGCUUAGAUUCCUUGGAAAAAUGGUGUACUGAAGCAAAAGAAGAGUAUGCUGGCUCAGCAUGGGAUGAACUUAAGCACACUAGGCAAGCAGUUGGAUUCUUGGUUAUGCCUGAAAAGUCCAAAAUUUCGUAUGACGAAAUUACAAAUGACCUUUGCACUGUUCUGAGUGUUCAACAAUUUUAUAAAUUAUGCACUCUUUACAGUGAUGGUAACAACAAUGAAAGUGUUUCGGCAGAUGUCAUGUCAAGCAUGAAACUUCUUAUGACAGAUGACUCCGAAAAUGAUAGCAGCUCCUUUUUAUUGGAUGAAGAUUCUAGCAUUCCUUUCUUAGUGGAGGACAUCACUGAUUCCAUGAAAGUACAAGAUUUUGCUGAUGUUAAACCCAGUGCUGAACUUACUGAGAAUCCUGACUUCCAAUUUUUACAGGAGUAAGGCACCGUAUCCAGCGCCAGUACUUAGAAUCGGUGCCCUUUCAUUGUAACAUCCAUGCCCCCUAUGUCCGAUAUAUAUUUGGACAUGAGUAUAAGAUAUAAUCUUUUAAAUAUAUAAAAAAAUUUCGAAAAAAAAAAUAAACAAAUUCGUGUUGGACAUAUUUUAAUCUGACACCACUAAUCCAUAGAUAUGGUCAUUUCUCAUCAGCAUUAUUUAUAGUGAUAGGAGGGGAAGAAAAAUGUAAUCUAGUCCCGUGGUAGGAGCUGAUAAAAGCUACUCUGCCCCCAAUCUCAUAUUGUACAAACUGAAAUGCCAAAAGUAUUUAUAGUUUCCUUUUUACGUAUUCAUUGGUACAUAUUAUUAAUUAUAAAGUGGAAUACAAGUGAAUUGAUGUUUGAAUUCAUAUUAUUCAUUGACAAUUAGAAGAAUCUGAUUUGAAUCAAUGACCUCAA